AUGACCAUGAGACGCGGGACGAGGGCGCCAUGCGCGCUGCUGCUCUGCGCGGCCGUGCACUUCCAGGGCCCUUCCUGCCUCGCCGGUGGAGGAGGCGGCGGUGCCAGGGGUGGAAGCGUCGAAAGCGGUGGUGGAGGCGGCGGCGGCGGCGGCGUCGGCGCAAGGGGUUCCAGUCGAGGACGAGCAGGACGGCGGCGGCGAGUCGACGACGAGCAGGACCGGCGGUGCGCGAGUUGGGGACGAGCAAGGGACGAGCAGGGGAGGAGCAGAGGAGGAGCAGGACCGGCGGGAGGAGCAGGACCGGCGGGAUCUGGCCGCGCGGGAAUCCCUUCUAAUCCUCCCGCGGCUGGGUCUCGUGGCCGCGCGCGGGCCUCCGCGCCGCCUAGCGCCGCGAUGCUCGACUAUGCCCCUAGUCGCGGCGACGGGCUUCGCCCAGCGACUAGGCGCGCGUAG